GGCACCCAGCGGGUGCUCAGAGCCCGGGUGGCUGGCGGCUGGCGUGGUGGUUCGGCCGUCUAGCUCUCAGCCCAACCCGCACGGUCCCGGCGUCGGCUCCGGCGGGACCCUGGGCAGGUCUGCGCCCUCUUCUCCGAUCCUGACUGAAUCAGUGCUUUACACUAUAACUCAGUGCUCUCCAUGAAGCUGAGAUAUGCCCACUGUUGAGAGUGAAGCAAAGGUGAAGACCAAAGUUCGCUUUGAGGAAUUGCUUAAGGCCCACAAUGAUCUAAUACGUGAAAGAAAAAAACUGAAGAAAAAAAUUGGCAAAUCUGGAGAAAAAAUCUCACUUGAUGCAGUUAGAAGCGAUCUUCAGAAAAUCAGAGAAACUAAAAGUGAUGAUAUAAGUGCUGCUAACACUAAGAACGCAGGGAAGAACAUGCGAGUCACUAAAAACAAACCAAGAGAUCCGCAGCCAGCAACUGAAGAUCCAGAUAAUGAUGUUGCUGUGGAGGACGACAAGCAAGAAAAGGCAAAUAAAAAGGUUAUAAAAACAGCACUCCAGGUGACAACACAAGAAGUGGAGCUGGAAACUCCUGAGAAGAAGGCGGAUGCAACACCCCAGAAAGUACGGACCAAGCCACUGCCAGGUGUCACUCGUGAGAAAAGUGAGAAGGCCAAGGAAGGAGAAAAUAGUUUAGAUGAGGAAGAACUGAUGCAAGUAUACCAGCUCCAAGUAGCUGAAGAAAUGGCAAAGGAGAUUAAGAAGAAAAUCCGAAAGAAACUCAAGGAGCAGUUGGCUUACUUUCCCUCAGAGACUUCCUUUCCUUCAGAUACUUCAUUGUAUGAUGACAAAUUGAAUGGUGAAAAAAGAAAAAAGAAUAAAAAGAAAGUUCCAAUCCUGUCUAAAUCUGAAACAAGUACAUUGAUCAUCUCUGAUGACCCAGUUGAAGGUGAACAAAAGAAGGAAUCCCCAGUUGGAGCAGUUACUUCAGAUUCUCAUCAAGAUGAUGAAAUAAGCUCAAAGGAACAAAAUGUACAAGACAAUGUGCAAGAUGAUGCAAAAUACAAACUGAAAAAAAAGAAGAAGGCUAAAACAGUUUCAGAUGAUAAUGAAGACACUGAUGGUGACGGUGUUCAUGAAAUAACAAGCCGAGAUCGUCCAGUUUAUCCCCAAUGUUUGCUUGAUGAUGACCUUGUCCUGGGAGUUUACAUUCACCGAACUGAUCGACUUAAGUCAGAUUUUAUGAUUUCUCACCCGAUGGUGAAAAUUCAUGUGGUUGAUGAGAAUACUGGUCAAUAUGUCAAGAAAGAUGACAGUGAACGGCCUGUUUCAUCUUACUAUGAAAAAGAGAAUGUGGAUUAUAUUCUUCCUAUUAUGACCCAGCCAUAUGACUUUAAACAGUUAAAAUCAAGACUUCCGGAGUGGGAAGAACAAAUUAUAUUUAAUGAAAACUUUCCCUAUUUGCUUCGAGAUUUUGAUGAGAGUCCUAAAGUCAUCCUGUUCUUUGAGAUUCUUGAUUUCUUAAGCAUGGAAGAAAUUAAGAACUCUGAAAUUCGAAACCAAGAAUGUGGCUUCCGGAAAAUCGCCUGGGCAUUUCUCAAGCUUCUAGGAGCCAAUGGAAAUGUAAACAUCAAUUCGAAACUUCGCUUGCAGCUGUAUUACCCACCCACAAAGCCACGAUCCCAGUCAGAUGUCGUUGAGGUUUUUGAGUGGUGGUUAAAAUGUCCAAGAAAUCGUUAUCCAUCAACGUUGUAUGUAACUGUAAGAGGAUUAAAAGUUCCAGAAUGUAUAAAGCCAUCUUACCGUUCUAUGAUGGCUCUUCAGGAAGAAAAGGGUAAACCAUUGUAUUGUGAACAACACCAUGAGGCACGUUCAGUAGACACAGAACCUGGAUUAGAAGAUUCAAAGGAAGUGGUGAAGUGGAAACGACUGCCUGGGCAGGCUUGCCGUAUCCCAAACAAGCACCUCUUCUCACUAAAUGCUGGGGAGCGAGGAUGUUUCUGUCUUGCUUUCUCCCACAAUGGAAGAAUAUUAACAGCAGCCUGUGCCAGCCGGGAUGGGUAUCCAAUUAUUUUGUAUGAAAUUCCUUCUGGACGUUUCAUGAGAGAAUUGUGUGGCCACCUCAAUAUCAUUUAUGAUCUUUGCUGGUCAAAAGAUGAUCGCUAUAUCCUUACUGCAUCAUCUGAUGGCACUGCCAGGAUAUGGAAAAAUGAAAUAAACAAUACAAAUACUUUCAGAGUUUUACCUCAUCCUUCUUUUGUUUACACGGCUAAAUUCCACCCAGCUGUAAAAGAGCUGGUGGUUACAGGAUGCUAUGAUUCUGUGAUACGUAUAUGGAAAGUUGAUAUGAGAGAGGAACCUGCCAUAUUAAUCCGACAGUUUGACGCUCACAAGAGUUUCAUCAACUCUCUCUGUUUUGAUAUUGAAGGUCAUCACAUGUAUUCAGGAGACUGCACAGGGGUGAUUGUUGUUUGGAAUACGUAUGUCAAAGUUAAUGAUGUGCAACACUCAGUGCGUCACUGGAGUGUAAAUAAGGAAAUUAAAGAGAGUGAGUGUAAGGGGAUUCCAAUAAGUUACUUGGAGGUUCAUCCCAAUGGAAAACGUUUGUUAAUCCAUACCAAAGACAGUACUUUGAGAAUUAUGGAUCUCCGAAUAUUAGCAGCAAGGAAAUUUGUAGGUGCAGCAAAUUAUCGAGAGAAGAUUCACAGUACUUUGACACCAUGUGGGACUUUUCUCUUUGCUGGAAGUGAGGACGGUAUAGUAUAUGUUUGGAACCCAGAAACAGGAGAACAAGUAGCAAUGUAUUCUGACCUGCCAUUCAGGUCACCCAUUCGAGAUAUUGCUUAUCAUCCACUUGAAAAUAUGGUUGCAUUUUGUGCGUUUGGGCAGAAUGAGCCAGUUCUUCUAUAUAUUUAUGAUUUCCAUGUUGCCCAGCAGGAGGCUGAAAUGUUCAAACGCUACAAUGGAACAUUUCCAUUGCCUGGAAUACACCAAAGUCAAGAUGCUUUAUGCACCUGCCCUAGACUGCCUCAUCAGGGCUCUUUUCAGAUUGAUGGCUAUGUCCACACUGAAAAUUCUUCAAUGAAGAUGCAGCAAGUGAAACAGAGGAUUGAUUCUGUCACAGAGGUGAUACGAGCCUGUGCUGCAAAGGUUAACAAAAAUCUCUCAUUUACUUCAGUAUCAGCCUCCUCACAACAGUCGAAGUCAAAACAAUCAAACAUGCUGGACGCUCAUCAGAUUCUGCGUCAAUUUGGUUUCACUCAGACUGGAUGUUUAAUUCCUGCAUAUAUAGAUUCUGGGAAUGCAAGAUUCAUUCAUACAUUCAGGAUUAUCAGUAUAGAAAGAAAGCCUUGUAACCACCAUGUAGAUACAGCACCAACGGUAGUGGCCCUUUAUGACUACACAGCGAAUCGAUCAGAUGAACUAACCAUCCAUCGCGGAGACAUUAUCCGAGUGUUUUUCAAAGAUAAUGAAGACUGGUGGUAUGGCAGCAGAGGAAAGGGACAGGAAGGUUAUUUUCCAGCUAAUCAUGUGGCUAGUGAAACACUCUAUCGAGAACAGCCUCCAGAGGUAAAGGAGCGAUCCCCUCCUUUAACCCCUAAGGAAAAAGCCAAAAUGGAAAAAGCUUUUUCAGCUCCACAAAAGCAGUCAUUCAAGUCCCAGGAUUUCAGACCGGGCUCAGAGUCUAUGACACAUUCUGAGGUGGGCAGAGAACAGAGCCUUGAGGACCGCAGACACGUCAUGGAUAUGCAGGGGAAGGAGAACGAGCAAACCGGCCGGAAAGUCACCCUCAUAGAGGUAAGAGGAAACCAGGAGACAGUCAUGUCACGGAGUCAACAGGAAGGUUUAGGAAAGGCAUGGUCAACAAGGACAAGUAUCAAAGACAGCAGAAGUAAAAUAAGGGCUGAGAAAUGCCUUUGGGAUUUGCAGCCAAGAGGCUGUUUGUGA